UAGUUUUGAGCAUUGAAAUACAAACCUCUGCAUUUAAUAAAACACAUUUUGAACUUGGCUAUAUACCUACCGUUGGUAGUUGGUAGUUGGUAGUUGGUAAUUGGUAGUUAGUAGAGGUUAGUACCAGGUAUCUACCAGUCUAUCUUCUACAUUUGUCAGUAAACUAAAAUACUGGCAAACAAAACAUUGUAUUUGACAGAUUCGUAGACAAAUCAAGUGAUUGACUUUGACAUAGAAUAUGUAAAAUUAUAUUCUGCCAUAAAUUUGUAACAAAUAAUAAAUUAUAAAAGAUAUGUGUCUGAAAUUAAAGUGCACUAACCUAACAGGUCUUUUAAAUUAGCGAAUUUACUUAUAAAUAGCGUUUUAAAGUAAUAUUGCUUGUAUAUUAUAUAAACUCAAAACUUCAAACUUCAACUUCAAUUAUGGCAGCAAUAAGACAUACAUUACAAAGAGAAGUGUUUACACCUAGUGAUGAAAAAUUAUUAAGCGUAUGUUAUGUCAGUAAAGCAUAUAGAAAAAAGAAAAUGAGCUUUUUGUGCUUAACUACAACUACAGAUUCACCUUCAUCUUUACUUUUAUACCAAGUAAAAAAGAAUGAUAAAAAUGUAUUUAAGAAGAAACAAUCAUGGCCUUUAAGCGAUAUUCAAAUUGUGGAUGGUGUUAAAAAUGAUUCUAUGGACAUAGAGUUGCACAUUGAUAAAGUAUAUAAAUGGUCAGUGACAACAGCACAAGAACGAAGAACAUUUAUAAGUAAUUUAUAUACUUAUUCUUGCAAUUUAGCCCAAAGGCCACAAUUUAAAAAUAUUCCAAAAGAAUUGCUUAUAGAUCCCAGUUCAUUAAAAGAAAGUGAUAGUAUUACCUUCACACCAGAGCUGUUAACAUCUCCUAUUUCAUCUGAUUAUCAACCUAUUACUGAAAAAGAAGCUGCUGAUUUAAAACAAUUAAUGGAGGAUUGUGAAUAUGCAGUCUCUAAUGCGGAACUUUUUAUGGAAACUCUUUCUAAGGAUCUUUCAAUUCUUGACGGGGAAAAUGUACAAUCAGUUUUGGCAUCAGAAGCCUGUGUAACUCAAUUAAUGAAUAGUAUAGAAGCAGCAAUAACUGAAGCUUCUAUUGUCGAAUCUCGUCUUGCAGCCUAUGAUGAGGCCCUUGGUAGAAUUAGGGAAGUUAUGGCACGUGUAGGUCAAAAAAAUCAGGCGAUUCAUACAGCUAAUAAUAAUGCACGGCUUCUGUUAGAUCAAUUGAAUACAGUAAUUUCGCAAUUAGAUAUUUCUCCAACUCACCAACGUGUUUUGAGUGAAGCUGAGCUUCCAGGAGAAAAAGAAGAACUUAGCCAAGCAGGUGCCGCUCUAUUAAAAGCAACAACAGCUCCUUUACCACCCGGACUUGAUAAAUUAAGUGCAGUGACAGAACAAAAAAGACGACUUGAUAAACUCAGAGUAAAAUUUUCUGUAAUUGUUGCUAGACAUUUAAAUAAUCUCUUCAUACAUUUGGGCAAUGAUGUUGGAGAUAUGUCUACAUCAAUGACAGAUUUAAUUCUUCCAACACAUCAAGCAGUUCAUCAUGAACUUGAACCAUAUACAGAGCUAAUGCAAUUAUUAAGAGCAUUAGAUAAUAAGGCUUUUGUACAGUUAACUAAGGUAUAUACAGAUACAAUGAGUAAACUAUAUAAAAGGGAUUUAAAACGAUUUUUUGAGGAAGCAAAAAAUAAACUAAUUUGUAAACGCCUUCAAGCAAACACAUCAAAGUCUAGUGGCCAAAAAGUAGAAGAUUUACUGAAUCCUGCACCUAUUUGCUUAUUAAGUGGUGAAACAUGGGCACCAGUAGGGGAAGGAAAUCUUUUAGACUCAGUACUUGAUUGUCUGCUUUCUCAAAUGCAACCGGUCUGUCUCGCAGAACAAGCAUUCUGCAUUUCGUUUCUACAAUUAGAUUCUGUUCUUUCUCCAUCAAAAAGUAGUGAAAUGGAAGAAACAGAUAAUGUUAGUAAUGGAGCUGCAAGUCCUGGAUCAGUGACUUCUACAGCAAGUAAAAAAUUAGAAAGACAAGUAAAUGAAGAAGUGCGUGCUACAAUGGCGGCUAUAUUUCCAUCGCUAGAAACUGAAUUAAAUAAUUUUAUUGCCUUUCUGGAUAAAAUCGAUAGUUUUUGGUGUAUGUAUGUCUUGGUACGUUUGUCACAACAUGUUAUGUCAGCACAAGACACUGGUUCAUUUUUAUCUAUGACAUUUGCUUCUGCUCUAAUUCAAGUUAAAAGAGCAUUUGAUAAAUUUAUGCAAACACAAUUACAAUCAAUUCUCUGUGAUACUAAAGUUAAUCGCAGAAAUAAAUGUGGUAUUUUACCAUAUGUAGAGAAUUUUGGACCAUUUGCGAGAACGGCAGAGAAAAUCUUUAAAAAUUCAGACAGAAAAGUUGAUCUUGAGAAAUGGUAUACUAAAUUAGUGAGUACAAUGUUUGAAGCUAUUGUCAUCCAUAGCAGAGAACAUCAUAAAACUCCACAAGAGGUUAUUAAAAUGGAAAACUUUCACCAUUUAUAUGAUCUUCUAUCACAAUUAAAAAUACCUAUAUUUGAUCAUGAACGAAAGGAAGCUAAACAAAAAUAUCAGGAUGCUUUACGUGCAUAUGUUACGCAAUAUUUUGGGAGACCUCUAGAAAAACUGAAUCUAUUCUUUGAAGGCGUGCAAGCAAAAGUUGGUGCUGGAGUUAAAGAAUCUGAAGUUAGCUAUCAAAUGGCUUUUAGUAAACAAGAACUUAGACGUGUCGUAAAGGAAUAUCCCGCUCGAGAAGUUAAAAAAGGUUUAGAAAAUUUGUACAGAAAAGUUGAGAAACAUUUAUGCGAAGAAGAAAAUUUAUUACAAGUUGUUUGGCGUGAAAUGCAAGGUGAAUUUAUCGCGCAGUAUAAAUACAUAGAAGAGCUAAUUCAAAAGUGUUAUCCAGAUAGUAUGGUAACUCUUGAAUUUACUAUACAAGAUAUUUUAGAAUUUUUUUCAGAAAUAGCUCGAUCUCAUUGAAAAAAAUUAAUAAUUUACCAGUUGUAAAAUAAACGUUUCAUAAUAUAUAUUAAUAUUUAAAUUAAAAUAACAAUAACAAAAUAAUGUAAUUUCUUGAUAAAAAAAAAAUGUAAAUACUUAACUUUCAUAAGAACUAUCUAGAUUUUUGUUCAGUUUGAGUCUUCUUGUGAAAUAAGAUAAAUAAAACAAGCUUAUUUAUUUAAUAAAAUUCAAUCUAUAUACUUUUGGUAUUUUUACUCCUAAUAAUUUUUACAU